AUUAUAAUGACUUGCAUUUUUUUUAUCGCAUUGGGGCUUCCAUAUAAAUCCACUUAUAUUAGUGCUUACUUGUUUAAAUGUAUUUAUCUAAACUAACUGAGUAUUUUAAUUUCAUACUACUUUAUACUUCUUGUGCACCACAGUUUAAAACACAUUAUUUUGUAAUUUAAUAUUUUGUAGUUUUUUUUUUUUGCUCAACUAAUUCAAAGAUGGUGUAAUUCAAAGGUCAGCCUGCAGUUCCGUCUCCUUCCAUCAGGGGGCAGCACAACCACAACCCUCCGUCCGUGUGAGCCCGAAAGGAAGCAAAUCGAAACUCUUCAAUGAGUUCACCUUCAGAUAAAUAGUUACUCUCCCCCUCCACCAUCUCCUCCUCCUUCUCCUUUUCCUUCUCCUGAACACUCAAAUUUAAUCGUCUUGACAUUAUAAAACAAUCAUGAAUGGCUCUGUGCACUCCUCACCCAACGUGGUGGACAUCCAGCUGAAGCGAGGACCAGCAGGCUUGGGCUUCAACAUAGUUGGGGGUGUGGACCAGCAGUACGUGGUGAACGACAGCGGCAUAUACGUGUCCAAAAUAAAAGAAGAUGGAGCAGCGGGACUAGAUGGAAGACUUGAAGAGGGAGACAAAAUCCUGGAGAUCAACGGAGUGAAGCUGGAGAAUCAGACACAUCGAUCUGCAGUGGAGUUCUUCAGGACAGCGGGGGAGGACGUGCUGCUCCGUGUUCAGAAAAAGUCGCCUCAUCACAUGAACGGACCCACAGGCUCGCAGCCGGAGCACAAUUCUUCAGCGCCUGCUCUGGGAGUGCUGGCUAUGUUAGCGGGAGCUGCCGCCAUCCUCGGAUUCUUGUACAUGCGACACCAUAGGAAGCCCUUUUAACCAAGCCGACAUCGUCUGUAUAUUAUUUUUAAGAUCAAAAACUUUGCUUAAGGCCAAAGAAGUGAAGAGGGAACAAACUCUAAAACAGUAAAACCUUUAUUUUUGUUUUUUUUUAUUAGUAGGUGUCGGUGUCACUGAUAAGUUUCUCCAUGUUCAUGUGUAUUAUAUGAUUAAUGGUAGCUUCUUGACACCCUUUCCUAUGCAAACGGAUGCUCUCUUACCACAGAGAUUAGUUUUAAUAGAUAUUAUGUGAUGGUAAAGAGAAGGAGACGGAUGUACACUUGACAUUCCUGCUGCUGGGCUGACAUACAUACAUACAUACACACACAUACAUGCAGAGGUUGUAUGAGAGGUCCAGUCAGACAGACUCAAGCUUCAGGGUCCACUUACAAACUGAAAGACAGUGUUGUGUUCAGUCCUUCGUAGGCCUCUCUGGACCCCCAUCGCUGAAUGGGGGAUCUGUUUUAGGGGGGCAACGUCAGAGGAACCCACUGUAUUUUCAGUUUCCAAAAUAUGUAUGCGACCAGGGGGUUGAUUUUCAUUUUAUGAGUCUGAGACGGAGCCGUGGGUGAAAAAAUGACAUAUCGUAAUGGACUUCUGAGUGCCUUUUGUACCUAUUGCAAGUGAUGCUGCUGUUUCGGUUCUCGGUGUUCCUUUAUCAUGAUCAAAAUGAGAAUCAACCCAUUAUGUCCAUACAUACGUUAAAUUAAAGGAGAAAGCUGACAAUAUGCUCUUUUUUUUCUCUUGCUGUCAACAAAUCCAAUGAAAAACAAAAAAAAAUACGAAAUACUUUCUUACUUCCUGACUUAAGCCCAUUGAUUCUUACUAAAGAAGUAAAUCUUUAAAGGGGACAUAUUCUCUUUUCCAGGUAUGUAUUUUUAAUCCAGGGCUCUACUGGAACAUCUUGAUGUGAUUUACAGUCCAAGAACUUCAUUAUUUAACUCAUACUGACCUUUUAUGCAGCCUUUCUCUUAAUGAACCCUAUCUGUUCUGAUUGGUUACACAAACAAGCUGUAGUAGCAGGAUUUCACUUCUUCUUGUUCCUGACUCAAAAUGUCAACUUCUCGAGCUGAAAUCGGAUCCACAGCACAUGGGGAAAACCUCAGCAACACCUUAAGCAAGCAAGACUCCAGCUGUCAAUAAAUGAAUGGCCGUUUGUGGGCGUGCAUGAUGAACCAACGUUCAAUUGCAAUCUAGUGUUUAGAGUAGACUUACAGGAAGAUAACAUAGAUAUCCAACAGCUUAACAAUAUAUAAAUAACAGAAAGCUUAAUAUGUCCCCUUUAAAAAUGUAAAAAUGGAUCAUACGGCUCAGUAAUUCCCUAAAACAGCUGGCCAAUGUGAUCUUUAACUAAUAUUACUUAAACAGGAGUAAAUUGUGCUUUUUGUUGGGGACUAUUUUAAGAGGCAGAUUUGUAGCUAUAGUGAGUAUUUAGAGCAUCAAGACAGUGUAUCUGGGAUGAAACUCAAAAUAAACUACAGUGCCCAUGUUCAUCGUAACGAAGGAACAUGUCACCCAGUGCAACGAUGUGGUUAAUUGAUGUGUUUAAUAGGUUUUUAUACAAUAAUUAAGUUCUAUGGCACAUAAAUAAGCUUUAAAUACACAGAUAAUACGUGUAAUUGGCUCAGUUUAGUGAAUACUUUCAUGGGAUUUGUUGACAAUAGGAGAAAAAUACAGAAUAUCAACCAGCCUUCUACUUUUUUAAAGCGAAACACACAAUUUAAAAUCACUGGGUAGUAUAUUAUGAAGUGUAAUUUGGUCACUCAGGGUGAACCAUUGAACCUGCACCGUGCAAACAAAUAGUAUUCACACAUCACGUGAUGGUGAGCAGCCCACGGCUUCACGCUCAGUCACAGCUCAGACGGCUCUCUGAGAGAUGCUGCCAUGUUUGUGUUUUUGUAUCGCAGCCAUUUUUAAAAAACCUUCUCCUAGUUUUGCAUUUUGGGGGGCUCAGUGCUCGUAAUCAACACCGUCUGCUAAGUGAUUCAUAAAGGGCGAACGUGAAAAUCUGGAGGUUUGUCGUAACAAAAGAGGGAAAUUAAUUAUUAUGUGUAAAGGACCAACAGCUUUAUUCAGUGAAGCAGUUUGAAGGUUCAAAGAAAUGAGUUGCUGUCAUCACGUUUAAAUGUUUAUUUUGCACUAGCCACAAUCAUGGAACCUCCUCCGGUAACGGCCGUACAGCAGAUGAAUAAGUGAAUUGUGUGCGAUGGGUGUUUUUUUUUGUCCACAUUUUUCCGUCUGCAGCUCAUCUAUCAUGUAACUGUCUCUCUGACUGUAUGUGGCUCUGUUGUCUGUAAAUACAUUUCAUGUUGCUCUGCUGAGUGGGAUUGUGAAUAUGUGCAGUAUGCCAGAAGAUAGAUCAGAAGCACUACUAAAUUAUACAAAUACUGUGUGUUUGACAGCCAAGCACCUAUUAAAUUCAUGUUGAAUU